UAGUUUUUGAUAGUUUUUCAUCGAAUUCAGCAGCAGAACAAUGUUAUUAUUCAAAGUUUUAAUCCUGAACCAAAUGCUGAAGGAGCUUUUUGCUGAGCUCUGCUGUUGGCAGUCAAGUGACCUGCAGAGGCAUUAAUUUUAUGACUAUGAGCGAGUUAAUGUGCAACCACAGGAGCUUCAUGUAGAGCGUCGACGUGGACUUGAAGCCCUGUCAUUGCAUCUGCUUUGACUUGAGCGUCGGAUAGACAUUAUUGAUCAAGCAGAAGGAAGUUUUCUCACUUUUUUAUGUCUUUUUGAGAUAUGUGGAAGCUGUAAGUUACUGUUUUAUGAAAGUUUUACUGUUGUCACUAUGGAGUACAGGACUGAAUGGAAAAACCAAGGACCUUGGUCGAAGUCCAACACAAUGAUGAAGGAUGACUUUCCGGACACAUUCAGGAAUAUCAGUCGAAAAGCAGGCCUGCAGAUAUGGACCAUCAACAGCAUGAAAAUGGUUUCAGUUCCAACCAAGGCCUUUGGUAACUUCUUCCAGGGAGACUGUUACAUAGUUCUGAAUAUUCGAGAGAAUAAAGGAGCAGCCCAAUCCAUUGAUGUCCACUACUGGAUCGGGAACUCCUCCUCCCAGGAUGAGCAGGGAGCUGCGGCCAUCUACGUCACCCAGCUGGAUGAGUACCUGGGCGGGAGUCCGGUGCAGUACAGGGAGGUCCAGGGCUAUGAGUCCCCGCAGUUCAGGAGCUACUUUAAAAAUGGAAUCAUCUACAAGACAGGGGGCGUGGCUUCAGGCUUCAACCACGUUGACACAAACUCCUACAACGUCCUGCGCCUGAUGCACGUGAAAGGGAAGAAGCACGUCACAGCAAAGGAGGUGGAGGUGUCAUGGAACAGCUUCAACAACGGAGACAUCUUUCUGCUGGACACAGGGAAGCUCAUCGUGCAGUGGAAUGGACCCCAGAGCAACAGGACAGAAAAACUCAAGGCGGUUCUGUUGGCUCAGGACAUCCGGGACAGGGAGCGAGGGGGUCGGGCUCAGAUUGGAGUGGUGGAGGGGGAGAGCGAGCGGGAAUCCCCGGAGCUGAUGAAGGUCAUGACGGCAGUGCUGGGAGAAAAACCCAACAAGCUGAGGGACGCCAUUCCUGAUGAGAAGCAUGACCAGUCGCAAAGCGGCAGUGUCCGGCUCUACCACGUUUUUGAAAACGGCGGGAAUCUGGUGGUUCAAGAAGUGGCCACACAGCCUCUGACACAAGACCUGCUGCUCUCCUCGGAUUGUUACAUUGUGGACCAUAAAGGCUCCAGUGUGAUGGUCUGGAAGGGCAAACGGGCCUCAAAGGUCGAGCGGCAAGAAGCCAUGAACAGAGCAAUGGGCUACAUUAAAGCUAAAAACUAUCCACCCAGCACGAGGGUGGAGGUGAUGAGCGAGGGGGGAGAGUCUGCCAUGUUCAAGCAGUUGUUCAAAUCCUGGACAGAAAAAGGACAAACCAAGGGGCUCGGCAGCACUCACACAGUUGGAAAAAUAGCUAAGGUCGACCAAGUAAAAUUCGAUGUGAUGGAGCUUCACGCUCGUCCUGAACUGGCGGCUCAGCAGCGCAUGGUGGAUGACGCUUCUGGAGAUGUGACGGUGUGGCGCAUUGAGAAUUUGGAGCUUGUUGAGGUGGACUCAAGAACCCACGGACAGUUCUAUGGAGGCGACUGCUACCUGGUGCUCUACACAUACCUGAGAUCCAACCAGAAGCAGUACAUUCUGUACAUGUGGCAGGGACGUCAUGCCACUAAGGAUGAGAUCACAGCGUGCGCCUACCAGGCUGUGACUGUCGAUUCUAAGUACCAUGGCGCCCCGGUCCAGGUCAGAGUGGUCAUGGGGAAGGAGCCUCGUCACUUCCUGGCCAUUUUCAAAGGCAAAUUCAUCAUCUUUGAGGGAGGAACGGGUCGGGCCGGCGCGGUUAACCCUGAAAGCAGCACCAGGCUCUUCCAGGUCAGAGGAACCACCGAGAUGAACACCAAGGCCACUGAAGUUCCGGCGAGGGCUUCAUCCCUCAACAGCAAUGAUGUGUUCCUGCUGAAGACAGACCGAGUCUGCUACUUGUGGUACGGAAAGGGCUGCAGCGGCGAUGAGAGGGUGAUGGCGAGAACAACGGGGGAUGUGCUUUUCAGGCAGGACAAGCAGGUGGUGAUGGAGGGCCAGGAGCCGGCUAACUUCUGGGUCGCUUUGGGUGGAAAGAGCGCCUACGCAAGCGACAAAAGGCUUCACAGAGAGGAUAUGAUUUACAGCCCCCGCUUGUUCGAGUGCUCCAAUCAAACCGGUCGCUUCAGGAUGACGGAGGUUUACGACUUUGCCCAAAGCGACCUGGACGAAGACGAUGUGAUGCUGCUGGACACCUGGGAGGAGCUGUUCUUAUGGGUUGGAAAACACGCCAACAAGUCUGAAACAACAGACACGUGGACCAGUGCCCAGGAAUACCUGAGGUCACACCCGGCCGGGCGGGACCCGGAUACGCCCGUCAUUUUCAUCAAGCAGGGAUAUGAGCCCCCCACUUUCACUGGCUGGUUCAAUGCAUGGGACCCCCUGAAGUGGAAUGAAGAAAACAUUUAUGAUGGGAUGAAAAAUAAGAUGAGGGAUGAAGUAGAUUUUAUCUCACAUAUCACUGCAGAUCUGAGCCACACUGGGAUUGGAGGGGACGGCUACCGGGCUCCAGGUGGACCCAUGAGUUCACCUCCGCCCUACAGGACCCAAGGGCUUGACUUUUCCCCCAAAUCCCCAACCAGCCCAAAGGCCAAAUUCCCUCCGUUUCCAACAUCUGUCGGGGGCGGGAGGUACUUGGACCCAGAGCUUCUUGUCAACAAGGAAGCCAGUGAGCUUCCGGAAGGAGUGGACCCCAGCCAGCGGGAGGAACACCUCUCUGACAUGGACUUCGAGAGUCUGCUCGGCACCAACCGCGCAGACUUCCAACGCCUUCCCAAGUGGCGUCAGAAUGACUUGAAGAAAAAAGCAGGGCUUUUCUGAGAAGAUUUUUACUGAUGCGCUUCACAGAAAGGCCGCCAAACCUGUCUGAAGCCUAUUCUGAGAAUCAUGUUGAAAGCACAGGAAUAGCCCACAUUUCUGAGAAUAAAGGAGUGCCUACGCAGAAUAAUUUAUUAACGUUUUUUUGCUAUCAAAUGCAGUGAUUUUUAUUUUUUUGCAGAAAAUUAUAUUACUCAUAGGAUUAUUCAGCUGUUUUUAGGCCAAAACUGCAUCAAUGCAUCAUCGUUCUUUAUGUUUACCAAUGUUUACCAAUGUUUUAAGGCUCAUUAAGUGAUUCUUUGUUGCCAUAAAUCGCUUAUACAAUGAAUAAAGACACAAAAAAAUG